UUUUAACACUUUGAUUCUAACUAUUUGGUAUGAUUUGUUUAUUUUAGUUUUUAUUUGAACUUUUUGGAAUGGCUGCCAAGAAAUGCUGCCCAGCCCUGCUUAGCAUCAAAAUUUCAACGUUUCGAAACACUAGUUUUUGAAUUAAAUUUGAAUUGGCGCAUGCCGCGGAUCCAUGUGCGAUGACUCGGCGUAGUCCGCGAUCAGACCUCGAAGCGUAAGGCAACAGAAGAACCCCAAGUAGACGAAGCUCGAACAAGAAACAAGAAAGAAGCGUAUUAGCAAAUCCACUUUCGAUUCAGUGACUAGCAAAUUAAAGUACGUGGAAGUCGUUGAAUUCGAAUUAAUGAAAAACCUUUUCUUGACCUCUCGACUAACGACUACGUGUGUGAUUUAAAAGCAGAACAUGGAAGUACUUCUACGCAUUCUGGCAACGUUGCUAACCUAUUUGGGCUUAUUAGUUGACACGAUAUUGGGGUUUAUGCGUCCACGACAAGCGCCAAAUUAUCCACCCAUCAAAGAUCCCGUACUCCUCAAAUCAGUUAUCGAGUUAGUGCUCGAUUUGAAGCGUGAUCUGCUGACGUCGGAACAAUUGGUCAAGGCGUACAUUGCACGAGUGCGGGAAGUGAAUCCAUCUCUCAAUGCGGUCAUUGAGGAGCGCUUCGAGGCCGCGCUGCAGGAGGCAAGGCAUGCGGAUGAGCUAAUUGCCAAUGCGAAAAACGAAUACGACCGCGUGGCACUCUUCACACGUUAUUCCCUGCUGGGCAUUCCCUUCACCGUCAAGGAGUCCUGCGGCCUCAAGGGACUCUCGUUUUCUGUGGGCAGUGUGGUGCGCAAGGGCAUGAAGGCGCCCCGAGAUGGCGAUGUUGUGGCACUGGUGCGCGCCGCCGGUGGCAUUCCUUUGCUGGUCUCGGCCAAUCCGGAGUUUUGCAUGAGUUUCGAGACAAACACGGUGCUCAAUGGACGCUGUCUGAAUCCAUAUGAUCUUGCACGCACCACGGGCGGCUCAUCGGGGGGUGAGGCAGCAUUGAAUGGCUGUGGCGCCUCCACGUUUGGCAUUGCUUCCGAUAUUAGCGGGUCCAUUCGAUUGCCCGCCAUGUUUUGCGGCGUCUAUGGCCACAAGCCCACCGGUGGCUUAACCUCUGUUCAUGGACAUUUUCCGUACUCGACUAUAGAUGAGAAUUUCCCCAAUUUGCUACAGAUUGGACCUAUCACACGCUUUGCCCGCGAUAUGCCGCUGCUACUGGAGAUCAUGGCCGGCGAUAACAAGCACAAGCUCAACUUUGCCGAGCCUGUGGCGCUCAAGGAAAUUAAGAUACAUUAUGCCUAUGGCUUCUCGGGCACAAACAGUCUGACGCAUCCCAGCGUGCACCCAGAAAUCCAACUUGCUGUUGCACGCGCCGUUAAAUGUUUUGAAAAGGCCGGAUUAACUACAAAAAAUCUGGAUAUGAGUUUUCUGGACAACUCAAUGGAGGUUGCGCUCGUGGGCCUGCUAGAUCUCAAAGGUUUGCCGAGCAUAGUGACGCAACAGGCGCAUCGAGCGCCCAAAAUGAAACUGCUAUGGAUCGAGUUGUUCAAUUCUAUCAUUGGACAUUCACUGUUCACUAAGGAGGCCAUCUUUAUAGAGCUGAUGCAACGUCUGAAUGGCUUCAUGAGUGCCGAUCACAUGGAACAAUAUCGCGAGGAAGCCCGCUCAAUUAAGACAUAUCUAACAGAACUGCUUGGCGAUCGCGGCGUUCUUUUGUUGCCCACUUUCCACGAUACCGCUCUCAACUUUCACACGUCACUGUUCAAUAUCACGGGGAUUGAUAACCUGCUUAUCUUCAAUGUGCUCGGAUUUCCGGCCACGCAAGUUGCCAUGGGUUUCACUCAGCGGGGCAUGCCCAUCGGCAUUCAGGUGGUGGCGGCGCCGUAUCAGGAUAAGCUUUGUCUGCAAAUCGCUGCCGAGCUGGAGGGCGCUUUUCGCGGUUGGGCGCCACCAGUGCGCCAUCAGUUGACGUAAUAAUAAAAUAAAUUGGAAAAAUACUUUUACACCAAACACUUUAAUGGCUGAGGUUACGGCAUAUAUUUUUUUUCUAAAUAAAUGCUAUGAGCAAAAAUAAAACA